CUGGAAAACACCCAGAACAAUGACUGAAACAUAGGAACACUAUGUGCUUGCCAUUAUUACUAUUUCUAUUCUUAUUUUAGCUGCUCUCUCACCUCUCUGUGCCCAAGCCGUCCCUCCCAGCCUGCAGUGCCGCACCCAAACUGGCAGGUUUUGACUGGGGAGGCACUUUUAGCAGGUGCACAGCGCCACACCCAUGGCUUCGUCAGCCCUCACUGGACUGGAGCAACCAAAGCCAAGCACAGUGGAAUCCCAAGAGGUCCUGAGAAUCUUCAGGGGGCCUGAGGUAGCCCCUCCUUAGCAGGCAGCUCCAGCCCAUGUUUCUGCUACUGUGACAUCACAGGAGCCCAUGGUGACAUCACACACCCUACUCCUUCAUCCUGUGGCUGAACAGGGGUUGGGAAAGCCAAGUGGGGGGCUGAAUUGAGAUUAAUUUGGUGCUCAAGUUCUGCUCACUUGCCCCUACCAAGGCCCUCCCGGGGACCAAAAUUUGGCAGUCAGCUUGGGUCAUACCCCGUUGUCCAUGUUCCAGGAUCUAGCAGAGGCUACCACUACAGCCCCUGUAACCUCACAGGGGCCUUUGGGGAUGUUUCUUCAGAGGGCUGGGCAGGCAGGGAUGUUAUUUCUGGGGCCCAGGAGGGUGUGACCUGUUACUGAAACCAGGGACGAAGAUGGAGUUGGCCACUAGUGCACCUACCCUCCCACCUCUCUCCCAUCCCCAUGCCCACUCCCCGACUGGGCCCUGCUUAGUCCCUCCCUAAAUGGGGAAGGAGGGGCCACCAGAGGCAGGGAAGGGAGGGACCCAUAGGGAUUAUAAAUUCCAAAAAGGCCGCUCAUCUCCCAGAGCCGGAUCCCUGAAAUUCUACUCUGUCUGCUGUUGCCAUUGCCACCAUUCUCAGGACCCUCACCAUGAAAGGCCUUCUGCUGCUCACCCUGUCUGCUCUGUUCUGCUGGGUCUCAGCUGACAUUCGCUGUCACUCCUGCUACAAGGUCCCCGUGCUGGGCUGUGUGGACCGGCAGUCUUGCCUACUGGAAAAAGGACACCAGUGCAUAACCACGAAUGUGUACCUUGGGAAGAUGUGGGUUUUCUCCAACCUCCGCUGUGGCACACCAGAAGAGCCCUGUCGGGAAGCCUUCAACCAGACCAGCCACAAGCUGGGCCUGACCUAUAACACCACCUGCUGCAACAAGGACAGCUGCAACAGCCCAGCUCCUCGGCCCACUCCGGCCCUGGCCCUGGUCCUCUUCACCUCCUUGGCUGGCCUUGGCCUCUGGCUGUUGCACUGAGACUCAUUCCAUGGCUGCCCCUCCUCCCACUUCCCUUAGCCUGAGCUUCUCUCCUUGUAUCUUGUAUCCUCUGCGUCCCUUGGCUCAGAAAAGCAUUUCUCCAGACCCUUCCCAUGUCUUUAGUUAGACAGUGGUCUCCGAUCCAUCCUUCCCCUGCCCACCCUCCACUCUCCUUUUCCAGAGUCUCUUCCCAAUUCUGUCCACACCCCGCCAGAUCCUCCACUGCCUCCUAGAAGGGCUCCCCACUUUGCCUCCUGCACGCCCCCGUGCCCUUCUUGGGGAGGGAUGGGGACCUGGGCCUGAAAGGGGGUUUCUGUCCUGUCCCCAGUGUAGGCUUCCUGGAAGGACCCCAUGGCCUCACCGUAUAAGCUGAGUCUCCCAAACCCUGGCUCCCAUAUCUACCUCAGCCACACGCUCACCCCUUUCAUUUUGAGUAAUAAAUAUCUGUACCUGA